AUGUCGGCCUUCAUGGUUGUCAUCUCCGUGGUGAUGGAUUUCAACAUCUCCAUCAAAUCGGCGAUGGUGGGAUGGCUCAUGGCUGCUGGCUGCGGCGCGGAAGCGGUGGAGGACUGCGGCGAUGGUGGAGGGCUAGGGUGUGAGUCUCCUUUAGUGGUUGAAGACAACAGACCAAUGGAAAGAUGGCCAUGGUAUGGAACCAUUCAACUUGAUGGUCUACAAAUCAAGUACGAUCUUGACAUGCCUAUGGUGCUCAAAGGUAUAAGCUGCACAUUUCCUGGAGAAAGAAAAAUUGGGGUGGUAGGGCGAACGGGGAGUGGGAAGUCUACUCUCAUCCAGGCUUUGUUUUGGAUUGUCGAACCAUCUGCAGGACAGAUACUCAUAGACGGAGUCGAUAUAUCACUUUUGGGAUUACAUGAUUUGCGAUCUAGACUAAGCAUUAUACCUCAAGAACCAACUCUAUUCCAAGGCACUGUCAGAUCAAACCUAGACCCUCUACAACAACAUAUAGAUGCUGAAAUAUGGGAGGUUGCUAGUAAAUGUUGCCUUGAGGAGAUUAUUAGAGAAGACAAUAGACUGUUAGAUGCACCAGUUGUUGAAGAUGGAGGAAAUUGGAGUGGGGGGCAAAGGCAACUUGUCUGCUUGGCCAGAGUGCUACUAAUGAAAAGAAAAAUACUUGUUUUAGAUGAAGCUACAGCAUCAGUUGAUACUGCGACUGAUAAUAUUAUCCAAAGGACUAUAAGGCAAGAAACAAAAACUUGCACGGUCAUAACAAUUGCACAUAGAAUUCCCACUGUGAUUGACAGUGACCUAGUUCUUGUACUUGGUGAAGGCAGGAUACUUGAGUAUGAUUCUCCGAACAAUCUCCUGAGAGAUGAAUCAUCAGCGUUUUCAAAGUUGGUGAUGGAAUUUGUGGGAAGGACAGAUAACAUUAACUAG